ACCACCCGUCGCAGCCGUAGUUUGCCCCCGUAACAAAGCGCGACGCAGACUCCACCUCCCUCGCUUUCUCUAUCUCCCCCUCGCCUCCCACCCUUCCCGUAUCUUGCUUGUCUCCUCCGCCGCCUCGCCGGCGACCCGGCAGGGCCUCCCCUCAGAGCCGACCGUGCCCGCGCGUGUCCCUACGCCGGACCGCGCGGACGACGGCCGACCGCGCGCCACGACCAUGGCGGCCACCGCGGAUCCGAGGGCGAAGACGCCGGCCACGCAGCCGCACCGCCUGAAGCCGUGGGCGCCACCACCACCGCCUCGGGGCCACUGCGUGCCUUCCCUGUCAUCUGUCUCCGGGGGGUCUGGAGCCAUCUGCGAUCGGCGCCGCUCCUCGACGUCCCACCGACGCGGUGGUGCCGACGCCGUAGACGAGGGACCUUACGACGGCGGGCUGGAGGAUCUCCGGGCUAAGCUCAUGGGCCACGUCCAUGAAGCCGCCGACCGCCUUCGGCUGCCCCCGGCGACGCCCCAGCGGUCGCCGGAGACCAAGCCUCCGGCAGCGCCGCUUCCUCCGCCACCGCAGGACGCCGCCGCGGUUGUGGCCGCCAGCAUGCCGUGGACGCUGAGGGAGCGAAAGCGUCGUCCAUCAGCCCGCGGCAGCACGGGCGCCGCAUCGUCCGGGACGCCGUGGUCGACGACCCCGGCGGCCACGGCGCGGCACGACGGCAUGCGCGGUCCGUUCGCUGUGGCGCUGGAUGCGGAGGAGAUCGAGGAGGACGUGUACGCCCUCACCGGCGCCCGGCCGCGGCGGCGGCCCCGGAAGCGGGCGCGGGUCGUGCAGCGGCAGCUCGAUCUAACAGAAACACUACUACUACCAAUUGUCUGGUGCAGUCGCUGUUCCCGGGGCUAUGGCUGACCGAGAUCACCGCCGACGCCUACCGGGUCCCCGAUGACCAGUAAGCAAGCAACCCGGUACCAUAUCCGGCCAGCUCUACCAUUCUCUUCUGCCCACGCUUUGUGUUGAGCCGAGAUCACCACCACCAACAACAAAAUGUAUGGAGUAGUAAACUAGGUUUAGCUGAGUUGCCAGGUACUGUACUUGCGAUGUCGCGUCUUUUAACAUUGAUUUUCUGCUUUCAAAUCUAAGCAGCGCUGCUUUACUCUCUCUC